CCCGUCAUGUCGACCACAGCCAAGCCUUCCCAUCCGUUCACGAAGGGCACUGCAGACAUCAUCCUCCGCGCUACCGACGGGAUCGAAUACCGCGUCCACAAAGCCGUGCUCUCCGAAGCUUCCUCCGUCUUCGCCGACUUAGUUACACUCCCCCAGCCAAUGAGCCCCCCAGGCUCUUCCGCACCUAGGCACGCAAAAAUUGCGUCCCCAGCACUCCCCAUCCUAGAUCUCAUCGAGCCGAGUACCGUCGUCGAACCGCUGCUCCGGCUGUGCUACCCCAUGGCAGACCCUGUCGUUGAGAUGGACGCAAUCCGACCCAUCGUACAAGCCGCACGCAGAUACAAUAUG